CUGUUGUUUCCAACCCUUUCCAAUCGCUAACAGGGACUCGGCCUCCUCAGUCUCCCUCUCCUACCCCUGUGGGACGGCAAACGGAACCCUGGUUUCGAAGCCCUAGAUCCACGAAUCUCAACAUCAGGUCUCUCUCUCUCUCUUUCUCUCUCUCGCGUACGGGGGUAAGAUCGGAAACAUCUCUCUUUCUCACGGAAUCUCGCCAAUAUUGGUGAGAAACGAAAGAGGGGUUGGAAAGGGUUCUGCUCUCAUCCCCUCUCCCACCGUUUCUCACCUUCUUGUCCAGUCAAACGUGCGAGAGAGAGCUCUCUUCCUCAGUUUCGUUUCUUUUCUCUCGAAGUCGCUCCAUCCAAACGAGCUGAACGAAACGAAUCAAGUGUUUGUGAAAAUGCCCCACAGAAACUCCACAAUCAAAAAUCAACGCGAAAGCACCGUCACUCUCCGUAGAUCUCCAAGGCUUCUUACAAAGCAGCUUCCACCACCAGAAUACCCCAAGACCCCAGACCCUCAACCGGAGAAAACCCACAAGCGUUACCCAGAACUGAAAUCUGGGUCUAACAUAUCUGUUUGUCUGAGACGAUCUCCGAGGUUUUCUGGUAAUAAAGGCACUACUGCUGAUGAAUUUGAUGAGAAUCGGAAGGGUUUGUUAAAUGUUGGCAAGGAUGAAGUGGGCAUCAAUGAAAGUACAGAAACUGUGGCUAGAAGUGAAAAGAGGGUCACUCGUCGUUCGGGUCGGGGCAUCAAUGAAAGUAAGCAAAUUGAAAGUGUGGAGAAAUUCACGGAAGAGGAGUUACCAGUUGUAGGAAGUGCUAAACUGGGUUUCCAUCCAUGUAAAGGAAUUGGGGCUAAAAUUGAAAAGAGGGUCACACGUCAUUCGAGUCGUGGCAUCAAUGAAAGUAAGGAAAUUGAAUGUGUGGAGAAAAUCACCGAAGAGGGGUUACCAGUUGUAGAAAAUGCUAAAGUGGGUAUUAAUGCAAGUAAGCAUUUUGGGGAUAAAUUGGAAAAGAGAACAAAGCGUAGUUCUGCGGUUAAAAAGGGUAAGGGUAAUGGGGUUGCUCGGAGUGCUUUUACUGGAAUUGUUAAUGAAGGUGGUUCUGUAGAUUUAGGAAGAGCUAAAGUGGGUGGCAAUUCGUGUGAAGAGCUUGGGAGCAAAUUGGAAAAAAGGGCAAUGUGUAGUUAUAGAGCUUCUUUGGAGCUUGUAGGAGGAGAAGGGAAGAAGGAGGGAGAUCUUGAUAGAGGAGUGAAAGAAAUUGGGGUUAAGAGGAAGAGAAAUCAAUUUGAGGAAGGGCAUGGAGUCGAUAAAGGGUGGACUGAAGACCAAGAAAUGGCGCUACAGCGAGCUUAUUUUUCUGCAAAGCCAACACCCCUAUUCUGGAAGAAAGUUGCUAAGCUGGUGCCUGGAAAGUCUGCAAAGGAUUGCUUUAACAAACUCCAUUCUGACCACUCGACACCACCUCAACCUCGAACCCGAUUGAGGUCAAGAAAAACAAAUUCGCCCUCCUUCUCACUCCCAACAAGUACAUUGCUUAAACCUGAAGAGCCAAUUACUAAAAAGCCAAGUCGUCGUAAACAGAGUCGUCGUCUUGCUCAAAAGACUGUGAGACAAUUACUGCAGAAGCAUUAUAAUGUCGACCAAAAUUAUGAAGCCGAUUUAUUCUCUGUUUUGGAGUCCACUAUGAAUCCAUCUAUUCAAGCUCUUCAGAAGGGUUUAACACAUUCCACACCGGUAGGUGAACAAAAAGAUUCUGGAUACCUUAAGAAAUGCCACGAUAGAUCUUCUUCAGCCCAUCAUGCAAAGCACAUGUCACAAUUCAGUGGGUCGUAUGGUGCAACUCUUGCUAGCCCACCAGUUCUGAAGCCAGUUAAAAACAAGGCCUUACAUGAGAAAUAUAUUGAUCAGUUACAUUGUAGGGAAGCUAAGAGAAGGGCAGCCAAAGUCAUUAGAGGUAAAGAGAAUAGAAAGGAGAGUUGUAUUAAUAUCCAGAAAAGGGAUGUUAUUAAAGCUGCAAAAGAUGCUCUGGUUUUCGAUGCAAAAGAUGUCUUAAAUCAAUUCCAUCAGGUAAAGGUUAGUGGCAUGGGUAACUUCUCUGAUUCUGAUGACGAUUUUGUUGAGAGUGAUGACUAUGAAGUUGAGAGUGAACACUAGUAUUUUGUUUUUCUUUGUAUGGAAUUGUAUCUGCAUGUAUUGUUGUAAUUGCUCCUGAUUGAAGCUGCAUUGUUAAUAAGACUAUGCAGCAAGAUCCACUUCUGGUCAAUACUUUUCUUGGCUCA